UAGAGAUUCUUUCAACUUCACCGUUCUUGUGGUCAACCUAUUUCUGAAGUGUGGUUGCACGAAAUAUUUCACUUAUAGUCAUUUCUUUUACACUCUGGUUGAACAUGUUGAAGCAUUGGAGAAUUAUUUUUUCCAUAAUAUUAUCUUAUGGAUACACAGUCAAAACAAGUGGUAUCCAUCUUACUACUAUACUCGACUCCCUUUUAAACACGACAAAUUACGACGUACGCCUAAGACCAAAUAUGACAGGGGCACCAGUUGAAGUAAACGUAAGGAUGAAAAUGUUAUCAAUCGAUUCCAUUGAUACAGUGAAUAUGGAUUUCUCCUUGGAUGUGUUUCUUACUCAACAGUGGGUAGACGAGAGGUUGGAUCAUGGUACAGAAAGUACAAUUACCGUAAACUACAAAGAUUUGGAUAAGAUCUGGCUGCCAGAUACAUAUUUUGUGAACGCUAAAGACAGCUCAUUCCACUAUGUCACAAACGAAAACAAGUUACUACAGAUCGGUCCUAAUGGACUCGUCAGCUACAGAAUCAGGAUAAGUCUUAAAGCUGCCUGCCAGAUGGAUUUGCGAUUGUUUCCUAUGGACAAACAGAUAUGCCCAUUAUUUCUCGAAAGCUAUGGUUAUCACAAUAAGAAAGUCGCUUACAGAUGGGCAACGGAUAAUGGAAAUUCGUUUAUCGAUACAGAAAUGACCAAACUUCCUCAAUUUACACUAAAAGCAGUCAAUCUUUCUUCGAAGAUAAAUCGUUAUUACGCAGGGAACUACACGUGCCUGUCCAUCUCGUUCAAGUUCGACAGGAUGUACAGCUACUUUUUGAUUCAUGUUUAUGGACCUUGUGCUUUGAUUGUUAUGAUGUCUUGGUUAUCCUUCCUUAUACCAAGAAAUCACACACCUGCACGGAUAUCCCUAGGUAUCACGGCCCUGCUCACUACAGUCACUGUUUUAAAUAUGUCGAACAAUAGCAUGCCCAAGGUGAACUAUAUCAAAGCUCUGGAUAAAUAUUUAAUCGGUUGCUUUAUGUUUGUCUUUUCUGUUCUGGCGGAGUAUUCAAUCAUUCUCACAAUAACUGGAAAGAUAAGAAAACGGAGGCUUCGGGAAGAAGAGAAAGCAAAAAAACAUGCCGCUGAAUCAGACACGGAUGAUGCAGAGAUGCCAACGUAUAGACCCCUCAGUGACUACGCCGAAAAAGCAACAACAAAACAAUACUACAACAGUAUGGAGGCUGUGAAUAAGAAGGACUGGAGAAAAUUCAUAGCAGAGACAAUAUUUACCGAAGACUUUUUGGUAAAAAUCGACGAAUAUGCGAGAAUUGCUUUUCCUGUUAGUUUCGCUCUAUUUAAUGCACUAUAUUUUGGCACGUAUAUAUCUUAAGAGUUAAGUAGGAUGUGGUUUCGUCGUUGCAUUUUGACCAAUGAAAUAUAGCAUUAAAAGUUUUUGAACUGCUUCAACAAACGGAUUUUACGGUCAAAAUCAAAAACACAAUAACAGAGACCUUGAAGCCCUGCAUGAAUCCAAUCACUCAUUUUGGAUUACACAACACCGUUCAGCUUUUUUUGCGUUGAGCCAAAAUUACCUCGUUUUGGAGGUGAAAUGAAUAGCAGUAAUACGUUUCGUAGUACAAACACGCGCGAACAGGCGUGCGUUUUGCAACCAGGUGUAGUGCAAUCCCGGCCUGAGAUUGUGGCGUUUCAGUUUGGUGACUUACCGCAAACGUCAAAUCGAAUUCAAAAUGAGCUUCUGCCAUUGCACUCAUAAAUCUAAAUCACCCUCC